AUGGCCGCCGUGCCAAUGCGGAGAACCUCACAACGCCAGCUCCGACGACCUCCCUCCAGGACGACCGCCACCCGGAGCGAGGCGCAGGCUGCCCUGGCAGCACAGGCCAAGCACCAGUCGAACCAGUACGAAGAUGACAGCUCCGAGGACGAAAUUCCCGUGCCCAUGAAGCUGAGUGCCCUCACCAAGGCACUGCUGAACGAUGGCGGUGACCACGAGGCAGCUUCAGAUGUCCGGGCGCCGCCCUCGCCGCCCCGAACACGCCGCCAGGCCAGCGCCGCCGCCGCGUCCGGCCCUGCUGCCGCCACCCGGAGGACUACGAGAGCUACCGCCUCACAGCCGCAUGACGCGGCGGAGAGAAACUCGAGCCCCCUGCGUGAACUCAGCCCCGGAAGGAAAAGAGUGGUGCGCCUCAGCAACACGCCCCAGAGCCUCAGCCAGAUGGGCAGCUCAACAUCCAAGCGUCGUUCCACCUCUGGUUCCCGGUCCCAGCAGGUCGGCAGGCCUGGAUCAGGCUCCCGCCACGAUAGUGCUGACGGAACGCAAGACCAGCAGCAACACCCCGAAGCUGGCGUCAACACCCCCCCUGCUCAAGGGCGAGUUGUUCGCAUCGUCACCAGUUCGUCUGGAAACCGUAGCCGCCUGGGAUCGUCCGGUCCCUCGUCCGGCCGCUCCUACCUGGAUCGAUCCGUUAUUGACCGCUCCGCUGUGGACGCGGAAGCCCCCGAGCACCUCGAAGCCCCUGACACGGCGGCACGCAACGCCGCUAUUGGCAACACCAGCGUGUCUCGCUACCCAUCGACGAGAAGCCGGGAGGACAAUCCGAACCCCCAGGGGUCGAUGCGCAUCAAGCGUGUCGGCAAGCUCUCCGGCAGUUUUCUGAGCGGGCCUGCUCGCCGCGGUCGCCGCCGGCAGAGCGAGGAGGAGGGAGGAUUUGGUGAAAUGGGAUCGUCGCAAGAGCCCGAGAGUCUGGCCCAAGAGGAGCCUGGCCAGGCCCCGUACUAUCCAGACUUCAACUCUGGUAGCCCCGUCGGCGGGAGCGCUGUUCGUGGCAGCCACCGCCGGGCUGGUUCCAAGGUAGAAAUCCGCGCCGACUCCGCCAAACCGUCGCCACUGCCCGAAGAAGGCCGCGGCGCGCGUCCUGCCGAGCCCUCCCGUAUAGGGGAUAUUGGCCAUCUUGUCUCUGUCGGUCGCCUUCAGAUGCCCGCCACCAAUGACAAGGAAAAUGAAAUCCCUUUCCACCAGAAAUGGGCCAAGUCGUCCAUCGGAGCCGACAAGCCAGCUAUGGCACCCCCUCGCAUCGAUAUUGCUAUUGACCGGGCUGCAUCGCCCGACCGCAAGCCCCUAACAGCCAUUGCUCGCAACACCACACCGCAUCGAGCAGCACCUGCACCGCCACCCAAGAUGUCUGUCCUCGAGGCCGCCACCUCUACUGCCGGCGCCGCGGUGACCACCCAGACGAAGCAGCGCCGAAACAUCCUCAAGGUUAAUAACAAAGUAUAUACCCGCCUUGAAUGUCUCGGCCGCGGCGGAAGCGGAAAGGUUUACAGGGUCAUGGCAGAAAACGGCACCAUGAUGGCCCUGAAGCGCGUUUCGCUUGAGAAUGCGGAUGAGUCGACCAUCAACGGUUACCUAGGCGAGAUUGACCUGCUCAGGAAGCUAACCGGCGUUGACCGUGUCGUGAACCUCUUUGACUCGGAGAUGAACCAUGAAAAGCAAAUGCUGAGCUUGGUCAUGGAAAUGGGCGAGAGGGCUCUGGACAAGGUUUUGCAGACCCAUCAGUCUGCCGAGUCGGCCAGACUCGACCCCGUCUUCAUCCGUUUCUACUGGAAGGAGAUGCUGGAAUGUGUGCAGUCUGUUCACAACCACGACAUUGUCCACUCCGAUCUGAAGCCCGCCAACUUUGUGCUCGUGCAGGGUCGUCUGAAACUCAUUGAUUUUGGCAUCGCCAAUGCCAUCCAGACCGACGAGACUGUCAACGUCCACCGCGAGACACAGAUCGGUACACCCAACUACAUGUCGCCCGAGUCCCUCAUGGAUUCCAACAGCGCCCGUGGACACCGCGUCCCUGGCCGCCCCAAGCUAAUGAAGCUUGGCAAGCCCAGCGAUAUCUGGUCCCUCGGAUGUAUCCUCUACCAGAUGGUCUAUGGCGUGCCGCCUUUUGGUCACAUUGUCAACCAAAUGGCUCGCUGCCAGGCCAUCAUCAACUGGGAUCACACGAUCGAGUUCCCCACGCGCGCCACUGGUGGCUUUCUGGUCCCCCCUUCGCUGAUCCGAACCAUGAGACGCUGCCUCAUCCGUGACCAGCACAUGCGCCCUACCUGCGAGGAACUUCUCCACUACUCUGACCCCUUCCUGUACCCUGCCGAAAUUAGCGACAAAGCCCUUCCCAUUGACGAAGAGCUUCUUGCACGCAUCAUCCAGAGCGUUGCUAUGAAGUGCCGCGAACGCGCUCCCACCGACUCGGAAGCCUCCAGUGUCUGGCCUCGAGCAUACUGGGAAGGCAUCCGCAAAGCCAUGAUUGGAAAAAUGUAA